AUGCAUCUCCCGCCGCCACAGUCAAAGCCAAGGCCCUCGGGCUUCCAGGCCUCGUCGUCCACUCUGCCCUUUGGCCAACCGGUCCCCCUGGCUUCCAUUUCCGCCCCGGCCUACGUCACCGCCCAGCUCCUCGUCCAGCAGGUGGCCUUUAAGCUGUCGGACAAAAUCUACUCCUUCUCACCAGAGACGUUCGAUCUCGACAUUGCCGCAAAGCAGUGGGCCGCCGACGAGGGCCGGAACAUCCAUGGCUACACCCCCUCCGUCCUACCCCUCCAGACCCGGACCGGCGCCGGCGCCCUGGCCCUGGGCUACAUCUUCUCCCCCGACUUUGAUGUCGCCAAGAGGCACAUUCCCCAGACCCUGAUUGCCCCCUCCGGCAGCCUACAGAAUCUGCGGGGCACGCUUGACCAGCUCUCCCUGCUGUACAGCCUCUCCAGCCCCUUUGUCGCCCACAUCGCCGCCGCCGACUACACUGCCAGCCAUGGCCUCGCCUCCAACUAUGAGGCGACGCUGCGACUGGCCGAGGAUCUCGGCUUGGCCCUGGUUGCCAGCUCGUCGACGUACGAGGCGCAGCACAUGUCUCUCUUCUCCACCCUGCUUGCCACCUUGACCCCUACGCUGCACAUCUACGACGGCAUCCGUGUGGCCCGGGAGACGCUGCGCGUUGUCGAUGCUCUGAGCGAGAGCGGAGUUGCCGACUUGUACACGAGACUCGCCGCCGAGGCCCGCAAGCUGAACCAGCGAUUGGACACGGCGGGCAAGGUCCUCGAGCUUCUGAAGCUCUUCAACGACGAUCUCGGCACCGUCUACGAGCCCUUUGAGUACCACGGCCACGAGACCCCGGACAUUGUCCUGGUUGCUUUCGGCAGCGUCGAGACUCAGAUCGCGAAGCAGACCCUGACCAAGCUUGCCGCCGACGGGGCCAAGGUCGGCGUCGUCAACGUCCGUGUGUACCGACCCUUUAUCGAAGAGGCCUUCCUCAAGGCUGUUCCCGCUUCGGCCCGCACCAUUGCCGUCCUCGGCCAGGUCCGGGACGAGGCCGCCGUCGAAGACCAGGCCAUUCCGUCUGCCCUGUACGGCGACGUCCUGACCGCCGUCACCUUUGCCGGCACCUUUGACCAGGAGCCCGAGGUCAUCGACAUCAAGUACUUCCCUGCUCAGACCCUGACACCCCAGGGCCUGGUGAGCACCCUGCACAAGGUGUUUGGCAACGACGACGUCGCAGGUGAGCUGCCUUCCCUCAUCGCCGCCCAGCAGUAUACCUUCUGGGACGUCGAUGAUUCGGCGGCCCUGCACUCCCCCGCCGUCAUUGGCCGCGUCUUGUCCCAGGAGUCAACCACCAACGUCUACGCGCACACGGCCUUUGACAACCUCACGCAGGGCGGCGUCGUCCGCACAGACCUGCGGGCGUCCAAAAAGGCUCUCGAGGCGCCCUAUGCCGUCAACGAGGCAGACGUGUCUGUCAUCGGCGACGAGAGGCUCUUGAAGGAGGUUGAUGUUUUGAAGAGUGUCGCCGAUGGGGGCAAGGUUCUCCUGAAGCUGUCCGGCUUCAAGCAGGACGAAGUCGAGAAGCGGCUCCCCGCUACUUUCCGGAGGCGCGCCUACGAAAAGGGCAUCGACCUGUUCGUCUUGGACAUCUCGUACUCGCCGGCAUUUGAGAAUGACGCCUUCUCGACCAAGCUCCUAUUUGAACUUGCCUUUUUGAAGCUCGCCCAGCCUCAGCUGUCGCCUCAAGACAUUGGCAACCUGACUCUGGUCGAGGGCCAUCCGCCGACGCUGCAAGAAUGCGUCGAUGCCCUCGACCAGUGCCUUGACAAGCUCGAGGUCUCGGCGGCCUGGGGCGAGUUCGCGCCGGACCACAGCGAGCCCGCGCUGCGCACGUCAAUCCAGACCAAUAGUUUCGUGCCAUUCUUGAAGCAGGAGACCGAGGAGGCCCCGCAGCUGCGCGACUGGCAGGCCGCUGCCAAGGGCAUCGUAUUCAAGGAGGCAUACGGGACGCGGGCAAGCCUGCGGCCCGACCUGCCGGUCAAGACGGCCACGAUCCGCGUCAAGGAGAACCGGCGACUGACACCGGCUGACUACGACCGGAACAUCUUCCACAUCGAGUUCGACCUUGGCGACUCCGGGCUCACGUACAAGAUUGGCGAGGCGCUGGGGAUCCACGCCGACAACGACGAGCAACAGGUCAACGACUUCGUGCGGUGGUACGGCGUCGACGCGGCCGAGCUGGUGCUGGUCCCCGCGCGCGAGGACCCGACGGCGCUCGAGGCCCGGACGGUGCACCAGGCGCUGUUGCAGAACAUUGACAUUCUCGGCAAGCCGCCCAAGCGCUUCUACGAGGCGCUGGCCGAGUUCGCCACCGACGAGGCGGAGCAGAAGCGGCUCGCGUCGCUGGGCAGCUCGGCGGGCGCGGCCGAGUUCAAGAGGCGGUCCGAGGAGGACACGGCCACGUACGUCGACGUCCUCGAGGAGUUUUCGUCGGCGCGCCCCGGCUUCCACGACCUGAUGCAGCUCGUGGGUCCGCUCAAGCGGCGCGAGUAUUCGAUCGCGUCGGCGCAGGCCGUGACGCCGACGACGGUGGCGCUCAUGAUUGUCGUCGUCGACUGGGUCGACUCGCGCGGCCGGACGCGCUACGGCCAGGCGACGCGGUACCUGAGCCGGCUGCAGCCGGGCGCGGCGGUGACGGCGUCGGUCAAGCCGUCGGUGAUGAAGCUCCCGGAGCGGGACACGGCGCCGCUCAUCAUGGCCGGGCUGGGCACGGGACUCGCGCCGUUCCGCGCCUUUGUGCAGUACCGCGCGAUGCAAAAGGCCCAGGGCAAAGACAUCGGCUCCAUCCUGCUGUACCUCGGCUCGCGGCACCAGCGCGAGGAGUACCUGUACGGCGAGGAGUGGGAGGCGUACCUGGCGGCGGGCGUGGUGACGCUCGUCGGCAGCGCCUUUUCGCGCGACCAGCCGCAAAAGAUUUACAUCCAGGACCGCAUGCGGCAGACGCUCGGCGACAUUGUCAAGGCCUACGUCGAGGAGGAGGGCAGCUUCUACCUGUGCGGGCCGACGUGGCCGGUGCCGGACGUGACCAAGGUGCUGCAGGAGGCCAUUGCGGCCGAGGCACAGGCGAGCGGCAAGAAGCUCGAUGCCGGCAAGCAGAUUGAGAAGCUCAAGGAGGAGGGACGCUACGUGCUCGAAGUCUAUUAG